CAACUUCCGGGGACAACUUUUCGGCCAUCUUUGACGACGGCUGUCGUUUAUAAUAAAGCUUCCUCUCUCUAUUUCUCUCUUAUAGGCUGUCCCUCUCUCAACGUGUCUUACGUGGCAUUAGCUGCAAGAAUCUAUCUUGUUCCUUGUUUCCGCCAUCACCUCCCCCCCAUUUCUUUUCCUGCUCUCUCUCAUAACGAUCAGCAAUUGGCCUGCCAACCAUUUGACCGUUUCACGUUCUAGUCCAGCUGAUCUUGGCUCAAUAAUUCAACCAUGGAUACUCUCUUCUCCUACCUGUUUGUGUUGUCACUUACGGUCUUUCUACCGCAGUCAACACUCGGUUAUUUCGUCAACAUUGACGCCCAUGCCGAAGAAUGCUUCUUUGACAAAGUAGCGUCCGGCACCAAGAUGAGUCUCAUGUUUGAGGUGGCCGAAGGCGGAUUCUUGGACAUCGAUGUCAAGAUUUACAGUCCCGACGGCAAAGUAAUCCACACGGGAGACAGGGAGUCAAAUGGCAAGUAUACCUUUGCUGCACACAUGGACGGCACCUACAAGUACUGCUUCAGCAACAAGAUGUCUACGAUGACCCCUAAAGUCGUGAUGUUCAGUGUGGACAUUGGUGAGAAACCCAAAGACACAAACAACAUGGAUACUGAUUCACACCACAGUAAACUAUCUGGCAUGAUUGACGAGCUAUCGACAGCCCUAACAGGUGUGAAGCACGAACAGGAGUAUAUGGAAGUCCGUGAGAGGAUUCAUCGAGCCAGUAAGUAUUUCUGUUUAUUAUUGGGGGUGUUGUCUGAAUAAUUGUCCAGUACCUGA